GAUAACGCGGUGCAGCAGCAAAACAAAGAAAAAACAGAUAAAACGUUAACGCAAUUAAGCGUAGUAAAAAAGCCUAGAUUAUCGCCAAAUAAGAGAGGAAGUGAGUCACAGGAAAAAGCUUUCCAGCCACAAUGGCAGAUACGCGUAAAGAAGCCGCACCGCCGAGUUACGAGGAAGUCAUGAACAGUCCCUCGCAAGAUUCACGCUUGAUAGUGGGCGUACACCAGGGGGCACCCAGUGCCCCGCCCCCGAACAUGCACAUGCCAACCUACGGAGCUUUCGAGACGACACCGGUGAGCGUAGUGAUUCAACCUACCCCGGUCGCUAUGCCCACGGAGAUCAUCGUGAUUGGAGGAUGUCCAGCUUGUCGCAUUGGAUACCUGGAGGACACCUUCUCUGCCUGUGGCCUGUGCUGCGCCAUCUUCUUCUUUCCUUUGGGCAUCCUCUGCUGUUUGGCCAUGCGAGAGAAGCGCUGCUCCAACUGCGGAACUGUUUUCUAAAGGGGAUUCCCAAGAAAUUACAAAUACAUCGACAAUUGGCGUCCUGAACAGCUUUUUGGAGAAGAAUCCUCGAAAAAUAUGCUGGUUGAGCAGAGCUCUAGCUGAGGAAUGACCUUCGAAAGAGGACUCCCCCGAAAAUCAUACAAAAAUACACCCCUUGGGGUCUGCAGCUACGUCUACUCCUUAUUGUGACUGUUUUUUGAUAUCACAAAGCUCCAAUAUUUUUAUUAUUGUUAAUCGUUAGGUCAGAAACCAUUAAAUAUUAUGUGUAAAUAUUA